CUCCGCGCCGGAGUGAUCCGAGGGACGUCAUGUCUACGUGACGCUCGGCCGGUUAUGGGUAGCUAUGGAGCGGACUGCUGAUGAAGGUGAGGAAUAGGAGUUUUCUUCACUCUGAAGGACUGGAGACCAUGAGCGCGCCUGUCAGUUGAAGCAAAAGUCACGUGGACACCAUGCUCUCCGUGGGGGGGCUCGUGAGGUGCAGAGUCCUGCAGCCCCGAGUACGUGAACUCCUCGGCAGGUGGGCUACUCCUUCCCUUACCUGUACAACCGAGUCACGCGUGAGGACAGCGUCGGGGGUGGGCGGUGCCAACGGCGCAGGUGGUUGGUACGGUAGCCUGUCAGACUCUGCUCCAGUUCAUCUGUGUGAGAACUUCUUGGUCAGUGUGCACCAGGUGAGCGGGUUGCCAUGGUGGCUGAGCAUCGCUAUGGCAACAGUGUCUGUUAGGACCUUUAUCACCCUGCCGCUGGCCGCCUAUCAGCUGAUUAUCAUUGCCAAGGUGGAGGCGCUGCAGGUGGAGAUCUCUGAACUGGCCAAGAGGCUUCGAUAUGAAGUUUCAGUCCGAGGCAGAGAAAGAGGCUGGAAGGAGAAGGAGAGCAGGGUCCAGUUCCAGAAGAACCUGCGUCGUCUAGUUUCUCAGCUCUACAUCCGUGAUAAUUGUCAUCCCUUUAAAGCUAGUUUGCUGGUGUGGGUCCAGCUGCCCCUCUGGGUCAGUCUGUCUCUGGCCCUCCGGAACCUCAGCUUGGAUCAUUCAGCCCUGCAAGGUGAGCUGGCAGCAGGUGGCGCUCUCUGGUUCUCAGACCUCACUGUACCAGACUCCACCUGGAUCCUGCCGGUCUUUCUGGGCCUCACCAACCUGCUCAUUUUGGAGGUGUUCGCCCUGCAGAGAGUCAGAGCAUCAAGUUUCCAGCGACUGGUUCUGAACGGGUUCAGAGGGUUCUCAGUUUUAAUGAUCCCCAUCGCCGCCUCCGUCCCAUCUUCAAUGGCGCUGUACUGGUUUUACUCCAGUCUGGUUGGUUUCAGUCACAACCUCCUACUUCGUUCACCGACAGUCCACAGAAUCUUCCGACUUCCGGCUCAGCGAUCCGAAACUCCAUACAGAGACCUUCUGUUGUCCUUCAUCAACAAGUACUGGAAGUAGGAACCAUCUUCCUGGGUUCUACCAAGUACCUUGCUCAGUACCACCCUGGGUUCAGUAAUUCUCUGGGUUCCACUCAGUUCUACAUUCAGUACCACCUCAGGGUUCCAAAGAAAACUCUCCAGCUCCUCAUCCCUCUCGGUUCAGAUGGAACUCUAAUAGAGGAGCUUCAUGUGGUACUCUUUAAAUGUUCUGAUCAUCAGAAAUCUGUUCUGCCAAUAAAGUUCUGUAGUCCUGUUUGUGUUCUGCUGAAAACUUUGUUCAAACAAGGUUCUGUUGAAAUGUUCUGUUUUAAAUUAUGUUCUGGUUAGAACUCGCAGUGCAGAACACAGGUUUCUGUUUGGGUUUAAAUUGUUCUGAUUAAACCAUGUUCUGGUUAGAACCCA